AUGGCACUUUUCCAAAACAAUAGUUGCAAAAAACAAGCAUUUUUACUGCUUCCGAAACUAGUUGAAAAAUUGGAUGAUAGGCCCGCAGAUAUGAUUGAAGCAAAAAUUGAUGUGGGGGCUAAUAAUUCGGCUGAAUCGCAAGCAAUCAAACAAAAAAUGCUGGCACACAUGUAUCAUCGAGCUGUAGCGGAAUCGCAGACAAGCCUGCAGGAAUUUAUGUAUCAAUUUGAUCGGAUUCGUUCGUUACGAAUGUGGCGAAUGCAGUUCAUCACCUGCGAAAUAAUACUCAUUCGUUUUGUUGCAAAAGGUUCGCAGUUUGUCUUCGGGUCGUCAUAA